GUUUCCAUUGAAAUACGAAACGUCUGGCAAAAAAUUGGAUUGCUUAUAUAGCAAGCAAAAAAUGUUUGUGAGACAUCUCAAUACGCUGCCAUGGGCGUUGCUGCUGGCGCUAUUGCUGACGGCGUUAUUGCUCCAAUUGACAACUGUUAAUGCCGAGGAUGAGGCGGAGGCAGUGGAGAAUGUCAGUACUGAGAGCAAUGAGAUUAUUCCACGUGAGGCCAUACAAAAGCUGGACUAUUCGGUUCGACAGGCACUUCUCCGUGCAAUAGAUAAACUGGAGCGGGAGGAGGCAACAGCCUCAAGCAUUUCCGAUAAUGAGGAAGAACCGACCACGGCGCUCCCAUCGAAACGAAAUGAGGCCACCACAGUGCCAGCACCACGGGAGCGUGAGGAGAUACUUGAGGAGAGCACGAGCUCGUCGGAUGCUGUAGUUGUGCCCACUGUUCAAUUCUAUACGGCCACCUUUGACGAACGCAAUGCCCAGGAGCAGUUGCUCUCCUCCUUCAUCGAUCGCUCCCAGCUGUGGAAGAAGACAACGCUGCUUCCCGAAAAGACACCACUGGAUCUGGAAGUAGAUGCGGAUGUGGGUCCAGAUACACAUCAGCUCACUAGAAGUGUGGACAGCUCUGUGGGCAGCAAUGAGAUCGCACACGAUGGCAGCCAUGAGAUCAAAUUCGAGAUACGCAACGUGAAGAAAGGCACAACCACAACAGCAGCAACAAGCACAACGCCUAGAACAACAACGACGACAACAACAACGCCAAAGCCACGCACCACCAGGCGUCGCAUCCCCCGUACUACAACGACGACAACGACAACAACGCCACGACCCACCCACAAUGAGGAUGGGGAGAAUAUUGAGCUGGUGGACAAGCAGGACAUACGCAUACAGGAGGCACCGUUAGUAACAGCAUUUACCGUUGACUUGGAUGAACGUGGCACAGCGCAAAAGUUUCGCCCAUUGCUGCAGGGACAGCAGCAGCAGCAGCAGCCGGGUUUCACCCACCAGUCACAACAGUUGCCACUGGGACCCACCAUCACCAAGUUGAGUGUGCUCGAGUCGGAGUUGUCUGCAGCAGCAGCACCACUGACCACACAGAGUCCCACCAGCACCAGCACAACCCAGUCGAACUUCAACCAGUUGGGUUUGCCCACAACGCCAGCUUUCCAAAGCAGCAGCAGUUCGAACAACAACUACGUGAAGGAGCCACUGGCCAGCUCUAGUGUGGCACCACCCAUCAUCAACAACUACAUCAUUGAGCGGCAGCGGGCACUGGAGCAACAAAUCUAUCAGCUCAAGUUGCAGGCACAGCAGCAACAGGCGUUAAUAUUGCGACAGUUGAGGCUGCUGGAGGAGCAGAGUCAAAGUCGCUACCAGGCGAACACAUUGCAGCCACUGCAACAGCAGCUGCAGUCACAGCAGCAACAGCAGCAAUUGCAACAGCAACAACAGCAACUGCAGCAACAACAUGCAUCACUGGAGGCAAUACAAACGCUGCAGCCACCUUCGCCUGGUUACUCCAUCAGACCUUCGGUUGAAUUUAUACCCAGUUCACAUACAAAGACCAUUAUCUAUCCCACAUAUCCAAUUGAGCAGCAAUUGCCGCUGCGCGAUUCCGUUGCGGCUCAUAAAUUUGCCCUGCACAGCAGCAGCAGCAGCAGCAAUAACAAUAACAAUAACAACAACAAUAACUAUCCGAAAUUUCCAACAGCAACGAGUGCGGUACAACAAAUUUUCCAAAAUUUGCAACAAAAUCUGCAAAAAACAGCGGAAAAUGCUGUCAGCAAUAACCAAAACCCCAAUAGCAUUGCCAGCAGCAGCAGCAGUAGCAGCAACAUCAACAGUAAUCAAAACAACAUCAAUAACAACAAUCAUUUACAGCUACAAGCCUCAAAUCAGUUCAACUUUGCGGCCGCGGAGGCGUCUCUGUUGCAAGCACCGCCCCAGAAUAAUUAUCAACAGUUUCAGCAAUCACAGCAACAGCAGCAACAACAAUUGUUGCUUCCUAGCUAUGUAAGCAAUGCGCUCUAUCAGCAACAACAGCAACAGCAGCAACAGCAACAGCAGCAACAGCAGCAGCAGCAACAGCAGCAGCAGCAACAGCAGCAGCAACAUCGUGCUCGGCUGUUUCGCCAGGAAUCGGGCGUGGGUAAUUUUGGCCUGAAUAAUAAUGACAAUGUGGAGAUACAGCCGAGCAGUUCCUUUGCCACGACCAUUGUUAGCCAGCACAAUAAUCUGGAUAAUCAAAAUUUCUAUCGUCAGCACUUGACGCCGCACCUGAGCAGCCAGUUGCAGCAAAAUGCUGAGCAAUAUCUGCAGCAACAGCAGCAGCAGCAGCAACAGCAGCAACAGCAGCAGCAACUGCUGCAGCAGACAAAAUCAGCGACAGGAGGAGGACAUCAGGCAUCAUCAGCGGCAUCCAGCUCAGCUCUCAACCAUGGCAUACCGCAAUUUGCAUCACAAAACCUGCACUUCAAUGGCGCCUUUUGAGCACCUACUGAGGCCAAACUGCACCAGCACCAGCACAAACUGUGUACCAACCAACCAACCAACCAGCCAAUCAAUCUCACUCCUACAAAUCGCACAUCCAAAAUUACCCGCAGCACACACCAGCACCACCAAUCCAUCAAACCAAUCCAUUGUAAUGAUGACUGACGUUAUUCCAUACUUACCCCCAUUUAAUUAAGCUCCUCUUCUUGCAACAUCUUUGUAAAUACGCACUCUAAAGCAUAAGCAUUACUAUAAUAAUGAAUACGCUACGAGGACUACCGAAGCAGUGGGAGAAUCUGAGCAGGUUGUGCCGUGCCGAUUUUAAUGCUCUGCUUGGCGGAAAAACAACAAAAAAUGCAAAAGCAAAAACUAAAUAUCGAAAUGUAAUAAUUAUU